AUGGAAGAAAAACACCCACCUGAGCUCAUUCGGUUUAAAAAACCUUCAGGAGUUAUAAAAUUGAAGAUAAAAAAGAAGAAGUUGACUCAAAACCCAUCAAAACGGAUUUCAAACGCCUUGAAACCUAUCAAUGGACGAAUUCAAGAUGGACGCUCACAGGCGUUAAAGCGAGCGAAUCCGUUUAAGUGUUCUCCGAGGAAAAAGGCGAAUCUCUCCGCAGAAGAGAAAACUACAGAAUGCAGGCUGUUUAGUGCCCUCGAUGGACUGGACGAGAAUCAGGAAAAUAGAUCCACAAACACUGUUCAUGAAACAAGUAAUAACUCACAACAGCAAAAUACUGGCAAUAGCCUGGAAACUGACGUUGCUGAUUCUCCACUAACUGUGGCUAAAGGGAAAAUCGGCGAGAAUGAUGGUUCAGAAUUUUUUCCUUUAGACUGGAGCUUAAAAACUAAAGUAAGAUUUUCUUCUUCCAAGACGUUUAAUUGGUGUGGGACAUUGAAGACAUUUGACGAAGGUGCUGGUAUGUCACAUUUUGUUCGUUGCCAAACAAAGGAAAUCGAUUCAAAUGGAAACGGUGCUUCUCAUCCUGAAUCAUUUUGUUCCUUUACCAAAGUUUGGAUGCACCCUUCUCUACCGUGGCUUGAACUUUUUCCACGUAAAUCAGCCGAUGGUAGAACUAGUUCGAAAAGACAUUUUCUAAUAUUGGAAGAAAUGGCAUCUUCUCUUCACCAUGACUGGGUGUCCAGUUUUCGCUCCGUCUUCAACAUGGUGCGCGUUGGUUUUUGUCCUUACUUUUAUCUAGUUGCAAAUCAGAACACUAUGCUUUUUCAGGCAGCUGGAAUAAACAGGGAUGAUGCAGUUCAAGUGGUUAUAACACCCACGACCAAAGGUUUCCGGGAUGCAUUGAGGAGUGAAGGAAUUAACUUUACCAUGCCGCACUUGGAGGUCAAAGGAAAGAAAGAGUCUGGGCCUGAAUCUCAGGAUGAGGACUCAGACGAAGAGGAAGAUGCUGAGCUUGGGAAUGAUUCUGAUGAUGAGAGUAUUGACAAGUGUGAGUGGCUAGAAAGCAUGGGACUUGAUAAGGAACAGUUUCCACUGUUAAACCCCAAAGUUGUUACACCACAUCAGAGGAACAAUCUAAGAAGCUUAGAUCAACAACCAACUUCUACAGUGUUAGUGAGAGGAGUUGAUACUCUUGCAUUGUUUAACUUCCUACUCAACUGUAAAAGUUUAACAGCCAACACUGGACCACAAGCUCAGGUGCCACCAACACUGCUGGCCCCUGUUGCAUUUGAAGGAGCCACUUUAAAGGGUCUGAAGGUAAACCAAGGGACCAUGAAGCAUCAAAAAGCUAAGGCUAUGGCACAGUUAUACAGCCUGGAGAUUUCUGGUCCAAUCCUUCCUGGCUGUCUGUAUGAACUGUGUCAUCUACUGAGGGAAUCACAAGGAGGAGACUUCAAAGCCACCUUCUUUGUGCACCAACCAUCAGUAGCAUUUAAUGUCCCAAGCAUUAAAACAGAGGAAAACUAUAUUCAGAGUGGGUGUAAUUUACAGCAAAGCAUCUCACAUGGACAGUGGAGACACUACCUGGAGGCAGAAAAACUUAAGGAAAUGUGUUUAAAAGACCUUAGCUGCAAAGACAAACUUUUCUCUUGGACAACUUGAGUAAGACACUGCAGCCAUUUAAAUAAUUUUUCCACUGCAAGUACAGUCGUUUGAAUUUAAAAUGCAGCUGGAUCUUAAUGCAAUCGAUAUUUACAGGGCAGCAGAAGUGUACUUGGCUUAACUAGAUUCUAAAGGGAUCUGAAUUUUAUGAAGGGAGCCUUUCUAACAUAACCAAGAAACAAAUGUUUUAAUUUUAUUAUUUAUGGUUUAUACAGACAAUAAAUUAUGAGUAUCCAUCCACAGACAUGAAAAUCAUAUUUUUCCAAAUGUACAGCUUGACAUGAAAUGUUGUAUUAUAAUUGUAGGACUAAUUAGAAAUAAGAGGUACUUGUCUAAUUGUUAUCUAAAAAUGGAUAAAUUGCUAUCUGGCGCUUAAGUGUCAUCAAAAGCUUGCUUUCCACCAGAUGGAGAUUUAUUUGCUGCUUCAACAACCGGGGCCAAAUCAAUAAGGCCUCAAUUUGCAUAUUUUAUGAUAAAUAAUAAAGUGUAACUGUCCAUUCCACAUUUUUUCUGUAAAGCAAUCAUGUAUAACCAAAGGAGACUGUCACUUAAAUAACCAUAUCUUCACAAACCACAUCAGCAUAUGCA